AUGGCUUCAAGUACAACAGUCAAAAUUGCUGAAUUCCGUCGUCUAUUAUCUCAUGCUCAUUCAGUGCUCGUAUUAACCGGUGCAGGAAUAUCAGCUGAAUCUGGUAUUCCAACAUUUCGUGGUGCUGGAGGACUUUGGAGACAAUUUAAAGCUACAGAUUUAGCAACUCAAACAGCUUUUGCACGCUCACCUUCUCUUGUUUGGGAAUUCUAUCAUUAUCGUCGAGAACUCGUUCGAACCAAACAACCAAAUAAGGCUCACAUUGCAUUAGCAAAAGCUGAAAAACGAUUCGAAAAAGAAGGGAAACGAUUUAAUGUUAUAACACAAAAUGUUGAUGGACUUCAUCGAAGAGCAGGAACAAAAAACUUAAUUGAAAUGCAUGGAAAUCUUUUUAUGGUUCAAUGUACUUUGUGUCAAUUUAUUGAAGAAAAUGAUUCAAGUCCAAUUUGUGAAUCAUUAAGAAAUCGAGGAUCACCUGAUGUAAAUCCUCCUGAAAUAGAUGAAAAAGAUCUUCCUCGUUGUACGAAAUGCAAAUCUCUUGUUCGUCCUCAUAUUGUUUGGUUUGGUGAACACAUCUGGGAUGAUGUUUUAGAAAAAAUUCAAAAAGAAAUUCAAUUAUGUGACUUAUUUAUAGUUAUUGGAACAUCAUCUGUGGUUUAUCCAGCAGCUGGAUAUGCAUCGAUUCUUGCUGAGAGAAAUAUUCCCAUUGCUGAAGUUAAUAUUGAAACAACACCUUCAACUUCGAUUGCAACUUACCACUUCCAUGGUCCUGCUGCCCAAAUUAUUCCUCAAUUAUUAUCAGUUAAUCUUAAUAAUGAAUAA